AUGUUUUCUACAGCUUACGAUCCAUCUUCUAAUCAAAAUAAUAUUCCGUUACCAAUGGGUCAACCUGCAAACCAACCAAUGUCCGUUAGAACACCAAACCCUGCUGCUCCCGCGGAUUCUCAACAGUCUGCCUCCACAACACAUGCAUUGGACGAUCCAAACGUUUAUCAUUGGAUUUGUCAAUUGACAUACGGUCCUCAAAAGGAACAAGCUCUAUUGGAAUUAGGUCGUAAACGUGAACAAUUUGACGAUUUAGCUGUCGUACUAUGGUCGUCCUUCGGUGUCAUGACCUCACUUCUUAAUGAAAUUAUCUCAGUCUAUCCAAUGUUACAACCAACUUUAUUAUCAAAUCAAUUGUCUAAUAGAGUCUGUAACGCUUUGGUUCUUUUGCAAUGUGUUGCUUCACACCCGGAAACGAAACAUCUGUUCUUACAAGCUCAUAUCCCACUGUUUCUGUUCCCAUUCUUGAAUACUACGUCAAGACAAAGAACUUUUGAAUAUUUAAGACUCACGUCAUUGGGUGUCAUUGGUGCCCUUGUGAAAAAUGAUUCUCACGACGUUAUAAGCUUUUUAUUAAGAACUGAUAUCGUCCCACUUUGUCUAAGGAUAAUGGAAUCUUCCUCAGAAUUAUCCAAAACUGUUGCAAUCUUCAUCCUACAAAAAAUUUUAUUGGAUGACAUAGGUCUUCAAUACAUUUGUGCUACUUUAGAAAGGUUCUACGCAGUAACGAACGUUCUAAAAGGUAUGGUGGAACAUCUUACCGCGCACACCCCACCAGGAAGGCUAUUGAAACAUAUAAUCAGAUGUUACCUAAGAUUAAGCGACGAUUUGGAAGCCCGUAGAUUGUUAAAGGUCGUUCUACCUCAAAAUUUAAGGGACAACACCUUCACUGAGAUAUUGAAAGACGACGUCGGAUCCAAGAGAUGUUUGGCUCAAUUGUUGCUAACCUUGAAUGAAGAUACUCAAUGA